AUGACCAAAUUUAGCCAAUAAAGUCACACAGCGCCAACGCAGCGGUAAACCUUAGGCGGAAGCGCCGGUCCGCCUGUAAAUAACUAAUUCACAUAGUUCUCAGUUGUAGUAACAGCACAUAGCGACCGAAUUGGCAACAAAGCAGCGGUAGUUCACUCAAAGUAACACAGAAAAUGUCUUGCAUACAUCUAGAAUGGCAGAAAAUUGACUUUUUUUUCAGGCGUCUCAGCAGUUGCUCAGUGAUGUAAACUACAAUGCGGUUCAAAGUUUAACCAGAGUGACAGUCCGUGAUUAUGAGUUUUAGCUUUGGCUUUUUCGAGCCUGCUAGGUCUUCAUUUGAAAACUUUAAUGUGGCUAUGCUAACAGCGUGCACUCCAGAGUCAGAGGGAGACGCCAAUGUGUCGGGACAGGGAGGUGAUACUUUAAGCCCAGCGUUACCCGCUCCCUCGGGAGAAACCGGGCUGAAAGUUACCGGCCAUGGUCCCGGAGAAGGUGCAAACGGCAUUAAACAGCUAGUAGAUGAGUUUAAAGGACUUUACGAGCAGAGGCUAAAAUGCUUGGAGUUGGAUACGUCCAUGACAUGGGAGGAACUGUCACAGAAGAAACUGGAUUUGCUGCAGUCUUAUGCGAAGGACCUCGCAGACCAGAACCAGGCGCUGGUUCAGACCGUUGAGGAUUUGCAAAGAGGAGCUGGACACAAAGUUUCCAAUAUGGCAGUGAAGCUGAACACCUUGGGCCUGUUUGAGGAUGAUCUGAUGCUGGAUAAUCUUACUGGACCUGUGGUUCACGUCCCACACAGUUUUGGUUCCUUGGGCCAGAUUGAAUCUGAGUCAGAAGACCUGAAAGUCCAGCUCCAGACUAAGGACAUGGUCGUCUCUGAUCUGGAGCGGGAGCUCAGCGAGAGUUUACAGCGGAAUCAAAAGGCUGCGACGCAGGUGCUGGAGAGUGGCGAGAGGCUGGUGCACCUGCAGAGCGAGCUGUCCUGUCUGCGGCGGAUCCACGAAGACAGCGUGAAGGAGAUCGCCGAGAAAGACGUCCGCAUCACCAAACUGCGAGCUAGUGUCGAGCUGCUGCAACAAGCGGCGGCUGACGCGCACGCUCAGCUCUCCGAGCUGUCCGUAAGAACAAAGGAGCUGGAGGUGGAGUUGAAGGGAAAAGAGGAGGAAUUGAGGCGAAAUGAGAAGGAGCGGGAAAUGAGAGAUGAAAAGGAGCGCGGAGGAGAGGAGGAGAGGACAAAGCGGGAGCGGCGGAAGAGAGAGGAGUCGAUGAGGAGGGAGGAAGAGUGGAAGGAGAGGAUGGAGGAGGACAGAAAGGCCUGCGCCCAGGCUGUUAAAAAGUGGGCAGAGGAAGCGGCUAUUUUGAAUUCUGAACUGGAGGUCAGCAGGAAGCAGGUGGAGCGGCAGAGCAGACAGUUGUCGGAGUUUCACCAGAAGGAGGAGACACUUCUCUGUGAGAUGAAAGAGAAAGAGGAUGAAGUGAGGCGCAUGGACCAGGAGGUGGUCGGACUGCGAGCCACACAGGACUCACUGAGGACAACGCUGUCUAUGAAGGAGAAGCACUCACAACAGCUCGUCCAAUACAACACAGAGCUCAAAGAAAGCCUGGCCGUACUGCAGAGCAAAUUACAAACCAGCGAGUGCACGUUGAAGGACACGAGCGAGGCCUUGGAUCAGACCAGGACCAGUCUGAACGCAGACCGGCUGCAGAAGCAGAAGAUUCAGGACCAGCUGCGCCAGGCCAGCAAAGAGGUGGAGCGUCUGCAGCUGGAACUGGCUCAAGUGCGCCGCGCCACUGAAAAGAAGAUGCAGAAAAGGGAGAGUAAGAUGUGUGCGCUGUUGAAGGAGCUCGCAGAAACUAAGACGCUGCACUCUGAUUGUCAAGAAGAGUUGCUUCGAAGGGAGAUGGCUGCGGAGAAACUGCGCGAGGAGAGGGACGAGCUCCGAGCCCGGAUGGAGGACCGGAGCCGAGAGUGCGUCCACCUCAGCCAGGCCAAGGAGAGACUGGAGGCCGACUUGGCUCUGAGCCACGACAAACUCCACACCUCACACCUGGAGGUGCGAAGCAGAGAUCAGUUCAUUGUGCAGCUCAGAGCUGAGAUGAAGACGGCGAAACAAAAGCAUCAAGAAACGCAGAAGAAGGUGACAGCCCUGGAGGAAGAGGUAAAACGCUUGAGCCGCGAAGUCAGAGCGCACCAGGAAGAGGCCCGUCAGUUAACCGAGAAGGUCGGCGAUAUCGAGCUCCUUAAAGACCAGAAGGAGGAAGAACAACAGCGGCUGCGCGGUCGGCUCCGCAUUAGCCGGCAACAGGUCGAGACUUCAGGAGAGAGGUUGAAGAAGCAGGAGGCCGAGUUGGAAGUUCUUCGUCAGCAGCUGAAAGGAGCCAGGGAUGAGCUGAAAGCGACCAGCUUGCAAACCCAGGAGCACCAAGAAACGGUCGCUAUUUUUAGACAAAAGUACGCUGCAGCGAUAGAGAAGGUGCACAAGGUGCAAAGGCAGGUAGAGCUUCUGGAAGAGGAGCUACGAUAUUCACAGCAACAGCUAAGGGAGUCGCAAUCAGCAACUCACUCGGUGAAGGACGAGUUAGCCGAGCUGGACGAGCGGUACCGGGAAAAGGCUGCCCAAUGGGAGAGCUCGCAGGAGGCUCUCGACCAGCUGGCGGACGAGCUCCAGAUUAAUCAGAACCUACUAAGGGAGAGUCAGCAAAAAGUGGACCACUUUAAAAGCCUGAUGGGAGCCCUGCAGGAGCAGAUGGACACACUCAAACAGCAGAAACUGACGAUGGAGUGCGACCUACGGCUCUACCGACAGAGCCACUCUCAUUCCGACGAGGACUAUUUCAGCAUUUUAAAUCUCAGACAACAGCUGCAGAAGCGCUGCACUGAGCAGGUUGAACGCCUCGCAGAGUGUGAAAGGGCUAUUCUUCAGACGAAGUCAGACCUGGAGAGACAACAUAAAGAAAAGGCGGCUCUGAAGCAAAGCCUCGCCGCGUCCAACCGCGCUCACCUGACCGCUCGCGGCCACCUGGAACAGGAAGUGACACGUCUGGGAAAGGAAGUAGCGUGCUUAGAACUUGAGCUGGCAAACACCCAGAAGGUACAAGUGGCACUCCUCAGGCAGUCGGAGGAGGAACUGGAGGAGGCCAGAAGAGAGUCGGCGAGAAGAUGUAGGGAGGCCGAUGCGGAGAGAGGUGAGGCGCAGAGACUCGGGAAGGAGUUACAGGCGGUCGAGGAGAAGAUGACGAGCGCCUUCAGAGAGAAUCGGAGCUUGAGUGCUCACGUCAAGCAGCUCAGCCAAGAGCUGCAAGAGCUGCGCAGCAAUCACCAAAUGACAGUGGAGGAGUUGGCAGCUCGUGCAGAGGAGGCGAGGCGGAUGGAGGGGUGCCUGAGUGAAGGAAAGCUAGCAGAGGAGAAAAUAAGGUCAAUGGCUGUGAGGAUGGAGAAGGAGGUGACAGAGCUCAGGAAGAGCCUUCAGCAGGCUGUCGAUCAGAGCGUCAAGGCAGAAAGAGAGAAGCAGGAUGCACAGGAGCAGGUGAACGUGCUCCGAGCCGAGCUGGAGGGAACACGAUCUGACAGUGCGAACCUUCGCCGUGAGAGCCAGCUGGUCAUGACUAAAGUCAGCGUUUGGAUCUCUGAACAAAAAGCUUCUAAUGAGAACCUCAUUGCUCAGCUGAAGGCCCAAAACAAGGUGCUGCUCAUCGUCACUGAAGAGAAAGAACAUCUUCUGGAGGCUAAUGACACGCUGAAGGCGGAGGUAGAGAGACUGAAAGAGGCGUCGGAUGAGAGGGAGAGAGACGCGGAGCGCUUCAAGGCCCAGAUUCGAGACAGGGGCAUCCGGCAAGACGGGAAAACCGCCGAAGAGAAGGGCUGCGUCGCUCUGAAUCUCAGCAAAAUCGAGGACAUGCAGACCAGACUGCAAAGCAACCUGGAGGCCAUCGGAAUGCUAAAUCAACAAUUGAACGUCCUCAGCGUGGAGAACAAGAGGCUGCGUAGGAAGCUGGAGGAGGAGAGGUCCAUGCGCAGACAAGUGGAGCGCCUGCUCCCACCUCCUCCCGCCUCUCAGCCCCGCCGCUCCGUCCACCCCCCUCCGCCGCUCCCUCAGCGGCCGCCCUCCUCCUCAUCCGAGCCCGGGCCCUGUCACGGGGGGGGGGGGGAGCGGGCGGGAUUCUGAGCGCCGCUGAUGUAGGGAGGCCAGGUGAGUGCCAGGCUUUGGGUGAAGCGCUCCGGAUCGGGCCGGCUGCCGAGCGCUCCGUCUCCGCCUUCCUGGAGGAUUCCUGGUCUGGGAGGACAAGCAGGCAUCUGGCCAAAUGAAGCCCCCUGAAGACUUUGACCUGUCAUGACUCUCCGACCUUCAGCUCCUCACCGGGGAGCGCACACGGGAUGAGGUUAAUGUCCUGCGGGUCAAAGUCAAGUCCCACGGUUCUUUUUCGCCCGAGGGGGGCUCCAGAACCAGCGGAUGAUGGAAUUUCCUUAGCCGUAUUUACAUGGCGGCUACCAGUACACCGUGGACAGAUUUAUUCCAAGAAAAUGUUCACAUAUAGAAAUUAUUUCACAGAUUUAAAAUCUGGCUGUCGAUUCCUCAAAAUGUUUGAGCACUCCCAGCAAACUUAGCGCGUAGCAUUAGCCGUUACUCAUUACAGAUAAUGACGUUGUUUUGCAACAAAAACCGUAGCACCAAGCACUAAAAUAUUCCUCACGUCGGCACUUAUUUAAAUAUUUCCAACAGUUCUAAUGAAUUAUAGUCAUUUUAAUUAAACUUGAAGGGGCAAAUUAACUAAACCGAGCGAAUGACUGAAUGUAAAGUCUUCAGUUUUGCCGAGGAAAUGCGUCUCACGCGCUUGGAGAUGAGUGUUGCCUUGGAUAAACGGGGCACAUCAUCAGGAUCCGCAGACAUGGCUCAGACGCUGAUACAAAUGGCAGUAACACAGCCUCUUGAUUACCGCCGCAGCUGUGCGCCAUGUGUCCCGCUCUGGUGCGGUGAACGCGGCUGUGUGUCGUUACUUGCGAGUGCAUUAAAUGUGUGUUUCUGUCUCCGUGAGCGCCUGCGGGCGAGCGUGCGCUCGGGUGAUUGAUUACAUUCGUUGUUCGGUGUGUUGUUUUAUAUUAUCUUUCACACUUUAAAUACUAUUUAUUGAUUCCGCUCCAUCGCCGUGAUUGAGCCGGUGUUGCGGCGGCGGCGGGAGAAUAAAAGCGGAUGCGUCCGCGAGCCGCUUCA